CACCCGUGAAAGUGUCGGCAGAUAGAAUUGUGUCACAUGCACCUAAGAUUACAUAAGCCAGUCACCCCCCGCCAAGAAACCCCAUGGAGUUAUGACAGUAUCGCACGCGCACUAGUGCCCCAAGCUUCCUCCCAAGUUCCUUCCCCAAGGUUACCUUCUUAUCACCUUCUCACCUCCAUAUUCACCCCCUCAGACCUGCCCUCCCGACUACUCUACAGAGCUCACUUCGAACGGCCGGAAAUCGACAAACCCCGCUAUAAACUGGACCUUCCCGCCGCGCGCCCCUCCACGCUUUAUCUCGCUCCUAUAUCUCACACCAACCAGCUGCGGCCGCCCCACCGAGUGCCUUCGGGCCCAUAUCGCUCAUCAUGAAUACGCGACCACAACUAAAUCCGGCCGACCGUCAGGUCGCCCUGUAUGCUGGCUUCAACCAGGACAGUUCGUGUUUCUCGGUCGGCGUGGACAACGGUUUCCACAUCUACAGCGCCGAUCCGUGCGAGCUUCAGGUCACCCGAGAGUUGAAGGGUGGCAUAGCUAUCGCCGAAAUGCUCGGUCGGGCCAACUUCCUUGCGCUCGUCGGCGGCGGCCGUAACCCCAGAUACGCGCAGAACAAAGUAAUAAUUUGGGACGACGCGAAGCGAAAGCCCGUGAUAUCGAUGGAGUUCCAUUCGGCGGUUCGAGCGGUGCGGCUGACGCGCACCAAAAUCGUCGUGGUACUCACGGGCCACGUGCACGUCUACACAUUCUCGUCACCGCCAACCAGAGACCACGUUUUCGAGACGUACGACAACCCGCUGGGACUCGUCGCCCUGUCCACGCAGACACUGGUGUUUCCAGGCAGAACACCGGGACAUGUGCAAUUGUGUGAUCUGGCAAGUGGGAAUAUUAGUAUCAUACCAGCGCACACCACGCCGCUGCGCGCCAUCACCAUCUCGCCCCAGGGUGAUUUGAUUGCCACCGCGUCCGAGAAGGGAACCAUAGUACGGGUUUACUCGGCCGCGAAUUGCAGUCUCGUCUGCGAGCUUCGUAGGGGAAUCGAUAAGGCUGUGGUGUACUCCCUUGCUAUCUCGCCAACUUCACAUCGCCUCGCAGUCACCUCCGAUAAGCGCACGCUGCACAUAUACGAGCUGCCCACGUACGGCCGACAUCCCUCGCAGGCCAGCAACUCGAGGCCAUCGUCAGCAAUGUCGAACGGUCCCGUCAGUGGUGAGAACAAACGGUGGUCGCUGCUUGGCAAACUGCCACUGUUGCCGAAAUAUUUCUCGAGCGAAUGGAGCGCUGCGCAUUCGGAAUUUGAGGGAGGCGGCACAGCUGCGGUUGGAUGGGUGGCAGAAGACGCAGUCGUGGUCGUCAGCGUUGGUGGAGGGAAGGAUGGCUUGGGGGAACCCCGAUGGGAGAAGUUUGUGCUCGUCGAGUCGAUGAACGGGGGUGGUGAAGAGUGCUUGCGGGAGGGAUGGAGGAGAUAUCUGGACAACGACUAGACACGACUGUUGGUCGAGUAUCAUUGGGCGGCUUCUUCUCCCUCUAUUGGAGCGAAGAAGAAGGGGGAGCGGGAUGGGUUGACCGGGUCUGCGCGUUUUCCUAGAUGGAUCUGAUACGGUUAUUUUUUCCUCGCUCUCUCUCUCUCUCUCUCGAUCCGCACCACCUAUACUCCUUUGCUUUAUUUUCUGUCUUUCCUCCAAUGGGCUCAGGGGGUAG